GGUAGCCGAAAAAAAUUCUCCUUUCAUCUUUCUAUAACAUCGCGCCAGUUGUUAUUCAAAUUUCAGAACGCACGCACGGAAAUGGCGCGAUUAUUUAUGACAUUUCUGACACUAUUUUUUUUUAAUAUAACAAACGUUAAAUCGGAUACGGACUUAAAUAAAAGUUUGUUGAAUAUGCUCGAAUGUAAACUAGAAAAUAAAUUAUCGGAGUACGCGACAGGUAUUGGUAAAUGGUUGGAAAAUAUAAACGAUGGACAUUUUAAUAACAGUGAAUUGGGAAGGUUGAUUGGUUAUAAGGAUAUGAAGAAAAAAUUUCACGAAGUUGAGAAUGAGGGUCGUGGUGUCAAGAAACUAUCCAUGGCGCUACUUCCGGUGGUAUUUCAAGUUGGCGCGACUUCCACCUGGCUAACUUUGACAGGUCUGAUGGCAGUAAAAUCAGUUGUCAUCGGUAUCGUGUUACUUGUGUUCAAAAUCGCUGUCAGUUCUGCAAAGGUGGCGUCUUUCUUCACCGCGUGGAAGUCAAAGCAUCAUCAUCACGAACAUCCUUGGACCCCGAACUAUGAACACCACGGUCACCUGCGAAGUAUCAGAGACGUUGAUACAUUUGGUGCCUACUCGUCGAUCCAUCCAAACGUCUACGAUGUCAAAGAAUAUAAGACAAUACCGAACUACGUUGAAAGUGAUGUGGAAUAGAUAUAUUAGGACACAUAGAUAGGACAGAAAUAAAACACGCA